AUAAUCUAAUCUCACUAUCUGGACGGAUUCGAAUACUCGGUAAUCAUCAUUCUGGACGAAAUUUCCGCAUCAUUCCAGCCUCAACUGCGAUGCAUCGCAGUAUUCUUUCUCAGAGUGCCGGAGUUAUCAAUGAAGUAAUUAAACCCAGAAUCUCAUUUUGGAGCUAAAAUUAUUUAUUAUUUCCUACGCUGUAAUAAUUUUGUUAUUAAAAUGACGGUCGGGAGUGUAAAUUUCGGAGAAAUAGAAAAGUACAAAUAUCAAAUUCUAGCAACGCUAGCAGUAAAUAUAAUAAUGUUUUCACAUGGAAACGCAAUUGGUUGGCUUGCACCCACACUUCCAACGCUGCAGUCGGAGGAUUCACCUCUGACCACUGGCCCCAUCACCAUCGAGGAAGCAUCAUGGAUCGGGUCCAUUAUUUGUGUUGGAGGUGUCACUGGGAGCCUUACUUUUGGUUUAUUAGUGAACCGAAUUGGCUGUAAAUUGUCUCUCUAUUUGCUAGCAGUGCCUCAUGUAUGCUUUUGGUUAGUGCUAAUAUUUGGCACGAUAGUACCCCAUCUAUAUAUUGCACGAAUACUCUGCGGGAUAACCGGAGGAGCUGUCUUCGUAGUGAUUCCAACUUAUGUGGCAGAUAUAGCUGAUAACAAAAUUCGCGGCAUGCUGGGUUCACUACUGGUAAUGAACUUCAAUGGCGGAAUACUAUGUGGAUUCAUUCUUGGAUCUUACUUAAGCUACAGUUUAUUUCCGCGUAUCAUCAUAGCAUUAUCUGUGAUUUUUGCGGUUUUAAUAUUCUUCCUGCCAGAUACACCGCAAUAUUAUAUAAGGAGGAAAAAGGACCACGAAGCGCUGAACUCAUUAAAAUUCUACCGAAAUUUCAAAGCCACAACAAAGGAAGAAUGCCAAGAAUUCAACGAACAUUUAGCCAAUCUGAAGAAUCAAAUCCAUGGAAGUGAGGAUAGGAAACCGACAAAACUAACAUAUCAGGACUUCUUAAAACCUGCUGCUGUCCGUGGACUGCUUAUUGGCAUAGGACUUAUGUUCUUGAAUCAAUUCAGUGGACUAUUUGCUUUAGUAAACUAUACAGUUAACAUAUUCCAAGCAUCUGGAUCCACCAUGGACCCUCAUGUAUGCACGAUAAUCGUUGGAUCCAUUCAGCUGCUAGGAACAAUUUUUGCAGCCUACCUCGUUGACCGUAUCGGUAGAAGGGUUUUACUUGUUACAUCCUGUAUUGGAGUUACCGUUGGAUCCUAUGCACUUUCCAUAUUCUCGUACCUAAGUGUCACUGAGGAUCUAACUCACUUGAGUUGGAUCGCGGUCACAAGCCUAUCGUUUGCAAUCUUUUUAGGAUCAUUUGGGGUCCUACCGUUGCCAUUUGUGGUCCUUACAGAAAUUCUGCCUCAAAAGGUAAAAGCAGUUGCAGUAACCAUUGCAACGUGUAGUCUACCAAUGAUGGCAUUCGCCAUUCUGAGAAUAUAUCCCAUUAUGAUGGUAGACCUUGGGAUGUACGGGACUAUGUGGAUAUGUGGGGGGAUUACCGCGGUUGGAGCGAUAAUGAUCUUCUUUUUCGUACCAGAAACAAAAGGCAAGAAUUUAGAAAUAAGCGAGGAAGAUUCAUGAUUUCUGCUUCCAAAUAUUUUACACGUUCUGUGAGCCACAUAGUUUAGUGAUUAUUGUUCCUAUUAUUACUUUAUUUAUUUAAAAUUUCAAUAAAUUGGUUUUAAUUC